GGUUCAAGCAUAUGAUUCAGGCAUUAACAUUUCGAGUCAAUCAUCUCCACUAUCCUUCAUCUCCAUUAAGAUUUGCUUUCUUCUUCAUUUGAUGGCUCAAAAGAAGGAAUCAUGUGUCCUUUGUACCCCUUCUCAUCGUUUCCACAGUAUAAAGACAUUUCUUUUUUUGUAUCUUUUUUUUUUUGCAGAUUUUGUUAUCUGGAUUCUUCGGUCUCAAGGUGGUGUUUGAGAUUGAAUCUUAAUCGAAAAGGGUUUUUAUUCUCAGGUGGUGUUUGAGAUUGAAAACUUUUUUGGUUGCGUGAUCGUUUAAUCCUUGAAGAACGAUAUAUCAUGGCUGUGUAUACUUGUAAAAAGUGUAAGACUGAUGCAUUUACUGUAUGGAAUGCUUGGGGUCUGGCUUUAAUUCCGAUGGAACACUGUGCUCAAGUUCGUGUCAAGCUCAAUUGAUAGAUGUGAAAGGAAGAGAAGAAAUACUGAUAAUUCAUAGCAAAAACAAGAAGCUCGACAAGAACGUGUCACUAAAUGUGAUCACGAUGUGAACUUCUAGGUUAAACUGUAUGAGCUGGCAAAUCUAAUGAACGAUACAACCAUCUUGAUGGCAGAAGAGGCAAGGAUGACAGAUGGAAAUAACAAGAUGUUAGUAGCCUAUCAUGAAACCGGUCAUGCAGUCUGCACGUUAUCGUUAUGGUCAGGGGUGGAUCCAAAGUCUAUAUUGUGCGAGUUUUUCAAGGCUGGUCAAUGUGCGAAAGGUUUCAAAUGCAAGUUUUCUCAUGACUUGAAUGUACAAACAAAGGGUGAAAAGUUUGACAUUUUCAGUGAUAAGCGUGAUGAAGGAACAAUGGAGGACUGGGAUUUGGAGACGUUGGAAAAAGUUGUGGAAUCAAAAGGAAAAGAGUACAACCAGAAUAAACCAACCGACAUCGUUUGUAAACACUUCCUCGAUGCAGUGGAGAAAAAGCAAUAUGGUUGGUUCUGGGUAUGUCCAAACGGUAAUAAAGAGUGCCAUUACAGACACGAUCUCCCUCCCGGAUACAUCUUGAAAUCUCAAAUGAAAGCUCUUUUAGAAGAAGAGGCUAACAAGCUAGCUAUCAAGGAUGAGUUUGAGGAUCAGGUUAAAGCAGUUUGUGGUCGUCUUCGUUCGAAUUCAGGUAGCUAUAUGCUUGCUGAAGAGAAAACUCUUUAUCAUUUACUGAAAAACUAUGAGCAAAUCGGAAGCUACUAAUAUUGAAUAAAAUUGCUACAAUAAAAGAUGGCGAUACAAUAGAAUUUGAGGUACCUGGAGAUGCUGAACUGAAAGCUUUUUUUUUUUUUUGGGGGGGGGGGGGUGGUGGAUGUGGGGAAGUUUAUGGAGCAUGCAAUGAAGACCCCAUUGACUCAUCACGCGGCGUCGCCAAGCGGUUUAGGGGUCCAGGGUUGUGUUUGAAGAAAAUAUAUCUAAAGAAUCUAAAGAAGGCUUACAAAAUAAAUGUAUCAGAACUGAUGGUCCAUGGAUUAAUAUCUAUGCUCAUGAUGUUUUGUGAGAACUACAGCAGUGCCAUUUGUGCCUACUAAGGUUCUUACAACAGAUCCAUUGCCUUGCAAGAAACAACAUGGUGGUAAACCCCCACUUGAUUUUGUUGUUUUUUAUUUUUAUUUGUAGUUUUGCUAACAACUUGGAUCCGCGUAGCCUGGUUACCGGCAUGGAUUUAAAAAACGGUUGAGGCGUGCGCCUCAAGGCACCUCGAAGCGAAACACCCAAAAAACGAUUAUGGCCUCAGGGGGUUUAUGUUGUGCGUGCGCCUCAGAGGGGCUGAGCCAUCAGGGGUUUUUGAUAUUUGUUUUUAGAUGUUUUUGACUUUUUGUGUCAAUUUUAAGCAAUUUAUAUCUUUUUAUGUGUGUAUUCGAUGAUGAUUUUAGUUAGUAUUAUUAUUUUAUAAGCUAUAUAAUUUUUAUAUUUUUUUUAAAUUCCGCCUCGGGCUUAAGCUUCGGUUCGCCUCGAGGUUUUACGCUUUGUGAGGCAAAGGGAAAACACCUCGAAACCCGUUUCCGUUUUUUAAACCAUGGUUACCGGCCAAUCGUUUAUGAAUACACUAUUAGGCUUUAUGAGGGUGUUUGGAUGCGCUUUUUAUAAGUUAUUAUUGGUUACAAGUAUCUCAUUAUUUAGGGAUCAUAUGGUUGAGGUAAGUACAUGUAUGACGGGCAAGUACAUCCGUGUAAGGAAAGCACGUCUUCUGAGUGCAGGUUAAGCGUCAUUUUCAGAAUAAAGAAUCUUUCUAAACAAAUAUAUUAAUUUUCAGUUGUUUCUUAUUUUCAUGCUUUAUAUUUUGGAUUUCAUUCAAGGUUGAGGUUAUCGGACAUACAAUCUAGGUGUAUAAGAGAGUAAAUGAAUAUUUUCUUUUAUAAUCUUUUAAGUUUAAACAUAUUUUCUGAAUGUCCAGGCAUUUGAUGUGUGGUCCGGUAAAAGUAGGAUGACACUUCACCGACAUUGCGGUCCUUCAACUUCACCGACUUCGCGUCAAGCAUCUCACCGGAUUCGGUCUCUCCGGCGCCGUCGACUAAUGAACGGAAUCAUCUCUGAUAUGUUGCUCAUCUAAUAUUUUGUGUGGUUAAUCAUAUUUUUUUUAUUUGUUCCAUUCUGUCUAGAUUUAUAGUAUUAUACUCAUCAGAGGAUGUACUCAGAAGUGUCGUGGUUGACUUUUGGUGUGCUAUUCUAUUGCCGAAGAAUGAGGUUUAUGUGAUAGUUAUGUGUCAGUCGGGAACAACUACACAGGCCUACAAGUCCAAUUCGAGAGCAGCGUUCUUCUAAUGUCACAACUAAUAACCUUUGCAAAGCAUGCUGACAUUUGACUUUGACCUGAAUUGACUUUGACUUACAAACGGUGGAGUAACCGUAAAAGCCUAACAAUGCGUCGAGAAAGGGUAUGAAAAUGGUGUAUAGUGAAUGUAAAUAUAAUAUGAGUAGAUGAUGGGUAAUGAAUGAAUGUUGGUGAUUUAUGUAGAUUGGUUUGGUGGGAAAGUGAAUGGUAUGAUGUUUGCUUGCUCU